AUGGACCAACUUGCCAUUCAUACAACUCAACAAAAGACUCAAUCCGUUAAACUCAAGCAUGCACAACAGGAGAUUGACAAGCUCAAAUUUGAUCGAACAGGUAUAAGAACCCUUGUAAGUGAUGUUAUCUCACUGUUAUCAAACCUCCUCGAAGCUCAUGACCCAAUCCUGACAAUCACCAUCAGACGGAAUAUCGCUGACAAGCUUUGCCCUGUAAUUGCUAUGUUAAACCGAAUAGAGGGUGUUCUGGAGGUCCCUGUCAUUCCAGAACAAGGGGGAGAGAAAACAAAGGGCAAUACAAAGGUUGAAAAAGGGAAGGAACCAAUGGGAAAUUAUGAUGAAAAUGAUGAUUCUGAGGAGGAACAAUUAAAGAGAAAGGCUCACGAUCAUGAACUCGAUGAAAAUGCUCGCAUAGUGAGGGAAGCUGAAGAGAAAGAGCGAAAGGAAAAAGAAGCUCAUGACACAUUGGAAUGCAGAAAACUGCUGUUUCCACUGUGGACGUUGGAGAGAAUGUUGCAUGAAGCUGUUCAUCUGCCAAGUGUACACUGGUUGGAACCAGUUGCUUCCUUUGAUCUAGUUAACACGAAGUUGUUCAUUUUCCAAGUGUACUCAUCUGUAUUUUAG